UUUUGUCGUGUGUUUUCUGGCUGUCAACACGAUGUGUAAACACCUACACGGAUGAGAACCGGAGGGAGAGGUUGUGUCAUCAGGGCUGCCCAGUUUCUUUUUAUUUAUGCAAUAGCUGUGAAUAUUUAAAGAUUGCAUGAUAGUCCAGCUGCGCACUCUGGAAGAGACAGAGUCCGGAAGACAGGCUAGUCUCUGGUUGUUUCAUUGUGAGGAAGACGGAGGCAGCUAAUCAGUGCUUGUCGACGAACAUGGCAGCGGCGACCGUUGUGGAGGCUGACCUGGCGGAGAGCGAAGGCUGCACCGGUUUCACUGGCGUCCAGAACAGGGGCUGGGACGAGUCUCAACUCCGAAAAUAUUCUUUCCCAACUAAGCCCAUUCCCAGACUUUCUCACACGGACCCCAGAGCAGACAUACUUAUAAGCAACGAGGAACCGGUUGUUUUAACAGACACAAACCUUGUGUAUCCGGCUCUGAAAUGGGACAUUGCAUAUCUCCAGGAGAACAUUGGAAAUGGAGACUUCUCUGUUUAUACUGCAGAAAACCACAAGUUCCUCUACUAUGAUGAGAAGAAAAUGGCUAAUUUUGAGAACUUUGUCCCAAAGUCGCGGCGGAUGGAAAUGAAAUUCUCUGAAUUUGUGGAUAAAAUGCAUAGAAUGGAGGAAAUGGGAGGAGAUGAGAGGGUGUAUCUGCAGCAGACGCUGAAUGACACUGUAGGGAAGAAGAUUGUCCUCGACUUCCUUGGUUUCAACUGGAACUGGAUUAACAAGCAGCAAGCCCAGAGAAACUGGGGACAGCUGACAUCUAACCUGCUGCUCAUAGGCAUGGAGGGCAACGUGACACCGGCACAUUAUGACGAGCAGCAGAACUUCUUUGCACAGAUCAAAGGCCAUAAGAGGUGCAUCCUCUUCCCCCCCGACCAGUUUGAAUGUCUCUAUCCAUAUCCUGUGCAUCACCCCUGUGACAGACAGAGCCAAGUUGAUUUUGAUAAUCCUGAUUAUGAGAAGUUUCCCAAUUUUAAAAAUGUUGUUGGCUAUGAGGCUGUUGUGGGCCCAGGAGAUGUGCUCUACAUCCCCAUGUAUUGGUGGCAUCACAUUGAAUCACUCUUGAAUGGUGGAGUGACAAUUACUGUAAACUUCUGGUACAAGGGUGCCCCCACACCCAAGAGGAUAGAAUACCCCCUGCGAGCUCAUCAGAAGGUGGCCAUCAUGAGAAAUAUUGAGAAGAUGCUGGGAGAAGCACUCGGAGAUCCACACGAGGUUGGACCUUUACUGAAAACUAUGAUCAAGGGCCGAUAUGACCAGGACCUCAGUUAGAGUCCCACCCUUAAAACUGUUAAUUGGACUGCUUUGGAAACUGUACGCAUGUGAAAGUGAGACUGCUGCGUGUGCAAUGCGCAUUCAGACUUUGAAGCUACGCAUCACUGCAUGGCAACAAGCGGCCAUCUUUAAACCAUUCUGCUUCGUUCGUCUUCAGAGUGCCACGGUCAUCGCAGGUACAGCAGUAAUCAGCAGUUACAGAGGACACAUCUGACAAAGUGAUGGGAAUUUACCCCGCUUGGAGAAGUUUUAUUGAUGAAGAAUAAUUUACUUCAAGUCUAAGUAUAUUUAUGAGAGACAGUCUCAUAAUUCAAGCUAGUGGGUGCUUGGGUGCAUUUGCUCAUCCAGUCAGUAGAAGUCGUCUGACAUUGGUACCUUCAGAACAACCUGAACAUUUUGACCACUAAUGGAUGAGACAAGGGGAUCAUAUAUACAGUACAAAAAAAUCUGUUAAAUUCAGGACAUCGUUCAUACAUUAAUGUAAUAACACAGUUAUAGAUUGAUUAGUAAAUGUGGAAUAACUAUACUGCACACUCUCCAUCUUUACCACAAAGACAGCUUUAAAACUGAUUUUGUUCGCACCACUUAAGAUGACUGAUCUUGUCAAGUGUUUUUGAAAUAUUUAUCCAUGCAAUCUGCAUUAUCUCUACGUCUGCUUACAUGGUUUUGGGGAGGGAUCAGCAAGAAUUCAAAGAAGGUAUAGGCACAGUAAUAAAGCAAAAAAAAAAAAUAGUGAUUUAAAAUAGUGAUGAAAUAUGAUCAAAAAUAUGCGUGGGUAUGGAAAAAGGAGGCUCAUGGAUUAUGUGACUGCUAAAUUAUUUUAGCUGAGUGAUUGCUUUGUGUUGUAUUUAUACUCUUACUUGAUUUAUAUUUCAAAGUCUUUUUUGGAUGUGCUAUUCUCAUUACUGGUAAUAGGUAAGGUGGGCACUGAAAAUAAAUGACAUACGACCAUCUUAGUUGCAAAUAAAGUUAAUUUUAAGAAUGAAAGAAAAUUUUUCAGAGUAAUUGCAGAUGGUGUUAAAUGAUUUAUGUUGAUAUUAUUAAUGGACUGAACCAGCAGGACCAACUGCAGUGCAGCGUAAUGUACCAUCUAGUGGACAAGUUUGCAGUUGCAUGUAGAGCUUGAUGUGUCAUUGCCUGGUCCAUGCACUAUGCUGCUACAAUACAAAUAUUUCAUAUAUUGUAUUAAAGGUAGCAGAUACGAAAUAAAAUUGCACUGCAAUAUGUACAAAGUUCUAAUUCCAAGUGAAAUUGCUCUUAUGAUUACUGUAUGUUAACAACAAAUGCAGCCAUGUUCUAAAGACUUCUGGGUUUAAACACAAACUCAAAAGUUUUGUAAAAAUGUACAUGAAACAAAAAGGGGAAGAUAAUGUCAUAUGGUGUGCUGUACGUGCCAAACCAAAACACAAACCACUGGAUGGACAUUUCCGUAUUCAGAAAGUUGUUUGCCUGUGACAGUGAGUAAAUCAUCAGUAUGUGGUGAAUGAUAACAUGGGAAUGCCCAAGCACUUAAUUCACCAGGAAAGACUGGUCUGAUUAAGGUUCAGUGUUUGAAUUGCUGAUAAUAUGUGCAUACAUUUCUUACAAGCUGCAUGAUGAUGGAACAAGGCUACUUCCUGUGUUUGGGGGAGAAAAAAAAAAAAAAAAUUACCUGAUCUAAAACUGAUGUUUCAUCUUUGUCGAUGGCUUGGUUAACCCCAUUUAAUGUGUGUGCCUUGCUUAACGAUGGCCGGGCACUAAAUGUUGCGAGGAUCAGUUUUGUUUUUUGUUUUUUUACGUUUUUUUUUUCACUCUGGCAUUAACAGCUUUACAUGUGGAACUGAGAAAGAUUCACAGAGAUGGAGGUAUGUUAUUGAUGGAUGCCUGCUUUUCGUUUUGAACAUACAGUAUGUGCUGUCCUUGUUCCUCUGAAUAAAGUUUGUUUGCAAAGUUGUA